AUGCACUCGGCUUCCAGUAUGCUGGGAGCGGUGAAGAUGGAAGGGCACGAGCCGUCCGACUGGAGCAGCUACUAUGCCGAGCCCGAGGGCUACUCCUCGGUGAGCAACAUGAACGCCGGCCUGGGGAUGAACGGCAUGAACACGUACAUGAGCAUGUCGGCGGCCGCCAUGGGCAGCGGCUCGGGCAACAUGAGCGCCGGCUCCAUGAACAUGUCGUCGUACGUGGGCGCGGGCAUGAGCCCGUCCCUGGCCGGCAUGUCCCCCGGGGCGGGCGCCAUGGCCGGCAUGGGCGGCUCGGCCGGGUCGGCCGGCGUGGCUGGCAUGGGGCCGCACCUGAGCCCGAGCCUGAGCCCGCUCGGGGGGCAGGCGGCCGGGGCCAUGGGCGGCCUGGCACCCUACGCGAACAUGAACUCCAUGAGCCCCAUGUACGGGCAGGCAGGCCUGAGCCGCGCGCGCGACCCCAAGACGUACCGGCGCAGCUACACGCACGCCAAGCCGCCCUACUCGUACAUUUCGCUCAUCACCAUGGCCAUUCAGCAGAGCCCCAACAAGAUGCUGACGCUGAGCGAGAUCUACCAGUGGAUCAUGGACCUCUUCCCCUUCUACCGGCAGAACCAGCAGCGCUGGCAGAACUCCAUCCGCCACUCGCUGUCCUUCAACGACUGCUUCCUCAAGGUGCCCCGCUCGCCCGACAAGCCCGGCAAGGGCUCCUUCUGGACUCUGCACCCCGACUCGGGCAACAUGUUCGAGAAUGGCUGCUACCUGCGCCGCCAGAAGCGCUUCAAGUGCGAGAAGCAGCUGGCCCUGAAGGAGGCCGCGGGCGCCGCGGGCGGCGGUAAGAAGGCGGCCGCCGGGGCCCAGGCCUCGCAGGGUCAGCUCGGGGAGGCCGCCGGGCCGGUCUCCGAGACUCCGGCGGGCACCGAAUCGCCCCACUCGAGCGCCUCCCCGUGCCAGGAGCACAAGCGAGGGGGCCUCGGGGAGCUGAAGGGGACGCCGGCCGCGGCGUUGAGCCCCGCGGAGCCGGCGCCCUCGCCAGGGCAGCAGCAGGCCGCGGCCCACCUGCUGGGCCCGCCGCAUCACCCGGGCCUGCCGCCAGAGACCCACCUGAAGCCGGAGCACCACUACGCCUUCAACCACCCCUUCUCCAUCAACAACCUCAUGUCCUCGGAGCAGCAGCACCACCACAGCCAUCACCACCACCAGCCCCACAAAAUGGACCUCAAGGCCUACGAACAGGUGAUGCACUACCCCGGCUACGGGUCCCCCAUGCCGGGAAGCCUGGCCAUGGGCCCGGUCACGAACAAAGCGGGCCUGGACGCCUCGACCCUGGCCCCAGACACCUCCUACUACCAGGGAGUGUACUCCAGGCCCAUUAUGAACUCCUCUUAA